AGUUUGAGUAUAAGUUGUGGUUCAUAUUCAAUAUGUUAUCUGUAUUUUCCCUCUAACAAAAGAUGACAAUGGAAACAAAAAAAUAAAAUUAAGUAACACCUAAUAUGAACCAUAACUAAUUUUAUUCUUACAUUCUCAACUGUCAAGAAUGGAUGUUCUCCUCUACCAUCCACUCAAAUCCACUCCUUUUCUCCAUUCUCUCCCCUCAACUCCCUUCUCAGGAAACAGAACUUUGUCAGCUAACUGGAGUAGAAUAACUUUACCUUGUGUUUGCUUGUCAAAAUCAUCGUCUUUUGAUGCUCCGGAAGAAAUUCUGUCUCAGAAAAAUGAAGGAAGAAGGGCAAUUAUGGGUUCUCUGCUUAUAGCUGCUGCUUCCUUUUGUCUUUGCGAUGUGGCUGGAGCUGUUAGCACGAGCAGACGAGCUCUUAGGGGGGCAAAAAUACCGGAGAGCGAGUACAAAACCCUUCCUAAUGGUCUAAAGUAUUAUGACUUGAAGGUCGGCACCGGAGCUGAAGCAGUGAAGGGAUCUAGAGUUGCAAUCCACUAUGUUGCUAAAUGGAGGAACAUCACUUUCAUGACAAGUCGACAAGGAAUGGGCGUUGGCGGUGGAACACCUUAUGGAUUUGACGUUGGUCAAUCGGAGAAGGGAAACGUCCUUAAAGGAUUGGAUCUCGGUGUUCAAGGGAUGCGCGUAGGAGGGCAGCGCUUGCUUAUAGUUCCUCCCGAACUAGCUUAUGGGAAAAAAGGCGUGCAGGAAAUUCCUCCGAACGCAACAAUUGAGAUGGAUAUUGAACUGCUGUCUAUUAAACAAAGUCCAUUCGGAACUCCUGUAAAAAUUGUUGAAGGAUAACCACGGUGUUCACCUACUUCAUGUUAUAUUGAUUUGUCACCUGCGAAAGCGCUCAGCCUAUUGUAUGAAUUUUGAGAAUACUAAAGACAUCUGCUUCGGAUUUGGUAUUUUGCGAAGAAAAUGCCCUUAAAUAUGUUAAUAUUGUAUAGUUCAAACUCAUUCUAAGUUUAUAUGAUUCAAGUUGCUUUGAGCA